CAGCUUCACUACUGCAGUCGGCAUUUGCAAUAGGAAAAUAUGACGAUCACGAUGACAUGAUGGCAUCGUUACAUACGCCAGCUUUGCCGGCAAUUUUCGCAACGCUCUUUGUUUUGCCGUUGCUGCUACCGCUGGCAAGCUCGGGGCAUGCCCCAGCUGUUUUCGAGCCAUCACAUGCAGCUGCACAAUUAGGAGAAACUAACUUUACGGCCACGCUUGGUGUUAAGGAUACAAACCAGCCAUGCCUCGUAGAGUUCUACGCAUCGUGGUGCCCUGCCUGUAAGCACUUUGCACCAACGUUCGAGAAGCUCGCCUCAUUUUUAAAAGGGCAGUCGUUCGGCGGGCGUCCACUCUACAUCGCUCGCGUGGAUUGCGCUACCGAGGUGAAACUAUGCGGCGAAUUCGAGCUGACGGGCUACCCGUCGCUUCUCAUGGGACAAGCGCAGGACUUUGCUACCAAGCAGCAUAAAAAGCUUUCCCUGUUUCAAGGACCGCGCGACCUUCCGGUUUUGACGGCCUGGGUGGGCCGUUACUUCAACAUGACGUUGACCUACUCGGCAGUGCCCACCACAUCUACGACGGGACCAGCAGAAACCUCAAGCAGCAGCAACAGCCGCGGCAGUGAAGGGGCUCCCGCGGAAAACACCAAGCGGCGUCCGCUGCCGCAGGGCCCGGUGUGGUCGGUAGCCGAUGUGGAGGGCGCCACGUUGCAGCUCUGGCGCAUUGUGGUGACCACCCCGCUGCUGCACCGCGGGCCGGAGAAGCGCACGGCGCUGCAAGAGGUGCUGUCGGUGUGGGCGGCGGCGCACCCCAGCAGCAGCUGCAAGACGCACGCUGCCCGCCUGCUGGGUUCGUACGACACGUUGUGGCCGCCGGCCGAGCAGGAGGCGCCGGCGGCGCUGCUGAUGGCGGAGCCGUGCGGCCCUGCGGCGGGCCUGGCCUACCGCGGGGAGUGGGAGAGCUGCCGCGGGUCGCAGCCGGACAGCCGAGGCUACUCGUGCGGGCUGUGGGAGAUGCUGCACACCCUGGCGCUGCGUCUGCCCGAGCAGGGCGGCCGCGGCGGCCCAGCUGCCACCAUGAUGGCCUUCCUGCUGCAGUUCAACAAGCAUUUCUUCCUCUGCGAGCCCUGCCAGAAGCACUUUGGCCGCAUCCUCACCUCCCCGGAGGCGGCCGCUGUGAGGGACCGACGCUCGCUGGUGAUGUGGCUCUGGCGGGUGCACAACGAGGUGAACCAGCGGCUGCGCGGAGUGGAGUCAAAGUACGGCCACAGCACCACCGGCGACCCCGAGUUCCCCAAGGAGCAGUGGCCGGCUCCAGAGACCUGCCCCACCUGCCGCAACGCGGACGGCGUGUGGGUGGAGGAGCAGGUGUGGGCCUACCUGCAGCGGGCGUAUGGACCCGGCAGCGCGCCAGGAGCCGACUCGACAGCGGCAGGGAGACCUGGUCAGCUGCUGCAUGCCAGGACGACUUUUGUCGCUGCGUCCUGG